AUGGCAGUCCCACAAGAAUGUAUUGUGUUGGUUAUUGGAGGUGGCCCGGCGGGCUCCUACGCUGCUUGUUGCUUGGCGCGCGAGGGAAUUGACACAGUUGUUCUCGAGGCCGACAGGUUCCCUAGAUACCACAUUGGAGAGAGCACGUUGCCGUCACUUCGCCACUUUUUCAAGUUCAUCGACCUUGAUGAUCAGUUCAAUGCGUACGGGUUCUUCAAAAAGGUAUGGGGACAUCUUGGAGAAAACGAUGGGUUAUCCGACCUCCUUUUAGACACAGACUUUCUUGCGGCAGGUGGCCCUGAUGGCUAUGCCUGGAACUUGCUCCGAUCAGAGUCUGAUGAGUUGCUCUUUAGACAUGCUGGUGCCUGUGGAGCUCACAUCUUUGGCGAGACCAAGGCCGACACUAUUCAGUUUGAACAGACAGCAGGCGAUGUCAAGGCUAAUCAGCCUGGCCGCCCUGUGUCUGCGACAUGGGCAAGAAAAGAUGGAACCUCUGGAUCAGUCUCCUUCAAGUAUCUCGUCGAUGCCAGUGGACGACGCGGUAUCGUGAGCACCAAGUACCUGAACAACAGAACAUUUAACCCAAACUUCAAGAACGUCGCCAACUGGGGCUACUGGAAAAGCGACAAGUUGUAUGGUGUGGGAACCCACAUGGAGGGCUCACCGUACUUUGAGGGUCUUGAGGAUGCUAGUGGUUGGGCCUGGUUCAUGCCCCUGCACGAUGGUACCCGAUCCGUUGGCAUAGUCCAGGAUCAAAAGAUGGCCACCGAGAAGAGGCAGGCAACUGGUAGACCCUCAACCUUGGAAUUCUACAAGAAGGUGCUCGAGCUGGCUCCCAAGACUAAGGAACUGCUCGAGGGCGCCGAGCUGGUUUCUGAAAUCAGGUCAGCAUCCGACUAUUCUUACACUGCCUCCACGUACCAUCUGCCCAAUGCCCGUAUUUGCGGGGAUGCGGGAUGCUUCAUUGAUCCCUUGUUUUCUUCGGGUGUUCAUCUGGCUAUCACUGGUGGUCUCUCCGCGGCAGUCACGAUUUUAUCUUCGCUUAGAGGCGACUACGAUGAGGAGAAGGCUGGUGCUUGGCAUUCCAAGAAGACCAUUGAGAGCUACACUCGCUUCUUCCUGGCUGUGAGCAGUGCUACAAAGCAGAUUCGAACCCAACAUGAGCCAAUGCUCCAAGACAUUAAUGAGGAAGGCUUCCAGAGAGCCUUUGACUUGCUUCGGCCCAUCAUACAAGGAACUGUUGAUGCUGAUUCCAGAAAGACGCUAUCCCAAACCGAGGUCUCAAAGGUACUCGAGUUCUGCUUCCGAGCCUUUGUCUACGUCCCUCCAGAGAAGAAGGACGCUCUCUUCGAGAAACUUAAGAAGCUCGGAGUCUGUGCACAAGGCGAAGCCACAACGGCAAUGGAGCUUGAAGAUAUCAAGAAGCACUUGACCCCUGAAGAGUCACAGAUCGUCGAAAUCUUGCAGAGCAGACGCAUGAUCCGCGAAGAUCCCUUUGACGUUGAUAGCUUUACUCUUGAUGCCAUUGAUGGCAUGGCGCCGAACUUGGAGCAGGGAAAACUUGGUCUCAUCAAGGCCAAGGCAGCAAAGCUGGAUACGUCUCACUUUUACUCGCCCCAUUUCUUAGAUGAAUUGGUCCCAGAAAUUCGAAAGGAGAGCACUCGUCACGCGUUUGUCGUGUUGGAUAGCCAACCAUGUAGACCCUCUGAGGGAAAUGUGGUUGCAAGGGGCGGCAAGACGGGGUAUGCGUUAGUGGACGUAUUGAGAACUGAGGUAGAUAUGAUGAAUGUAUUGCGUGACUGA